AUACUGUGCAGAAGUUUAGUUGAAGUGCCGCAGUUCGGAUGUCUUUUUGAGUCUAUCGUCGGUUGGUGAUUAUAGUCUGGAACUUUGAUAUCUUACGAAGGAUAAUAGUAUCCGAAAGAUACUUUUAAUAUACUAGUGAACCUCUACUGGUUGUCGUGGAUUGGAAUGAACAUUUCCUAAAGAAACGUACUUAAGUGCCGUUCCUUUUAUAAAACAGGAUAGUUUGCGACUAACUGGAGUUCGCCGAUGGUGAUAGCUGGAGAUUGGAUAACAGAAAAUAAACUAAACUGCACUACAUAUUUGGAUUAAUACUUGCUCAUGGGAAUAGAUUAUACUCUUUUGAUUGAACGUUGAAAGGAUACUACGAAGAUGGGUCUCGAAUCCAUACUGAAAUUCGGAUAUGCUUUAGUGACGGUGACCCUAAUGUUAAUGGUUUGGGCAUCAUUGGCACGAGCUAACAGUCGUGAAAUUGAGCAAAUGAAAUUUCCACCAUGCACCUCUAAUCCACUAUGUACAUGUUCGAAGGCGGCACCAGAUUUAGGCGUAGUCCACUGUAAAAAUGUACCGUUUCCUGCACUACCUAGGAUGGUCAAUUCCUCAAAAGUUUUCAUGUUGCACAUGGAGAAUACCGGACUGCGCGAAAUAGAGCCUUACUUUUUGCAUGCAACAGGUCUAUAUCGCCUAAAGCUUUCAAAUAACUACCUUACUGAAAUUCCCGAUGAUGCUUUCACUGGUCUGGAGAGGUCACUCUGGGAACUCAUUCUACCGCAUAACGAUCUCAUUGCAAUACCAUCAAAAUCAUUUCGACAUCUUCAAAAACUACGACACUUGGACCUCAGUUAUAAUCAUAUUACUAACAUGGAACGCGAUUCAUUUCGUGGUCUAGAAGACUCUCUUCAGACACUCAUUUUGAAGGAGAACUCCAUUACGAUGCUUGUUUCGCACAGUUUUUCAGGACUCAUGAUUCUCGAGACUCUUGACUUGAGCGGCAAUAAUUUGUUUGAUAUUGAUCCUAGUGUAUUUAGAGAUGGCAUGCCACGUCUAUCCAAACUUUUAUUGACUGACAAUAUUUUGAGUGAGAUUCCUUAUGAUGCGCUGGAACCGUUGAAACAGUUGAGGACUUUGGAUAUUUCACACAACAUUAUUUGGAGUCUGAGUCCAAAUAGUACGUAUGGAACCAGGUCCAAUGUAAAACUGAAUCUAGACAAUUUGCAUAUUGAGUAUAACCACAUCCAGGAACUUCCACCGAAUUCAUUCAGCAAUUUGGAAGUAGUUAACCGAACGUUCUUUGAUGGGAACCCAAUCAAAACACUAAUGCAAGAUGCCUUCAAACCAGCCAAGAUCAGAGAAAUCUACAUGAGAUAUUGUGGUUUGACUAAUGUUUCACCGGUUGCUUUCGAUAGCCUGGCCAACACCCUUCAAAUCCUGGACUUAUCCGGCAAUAAUUUGACUACCUUACCCAAUAAGCUCUUCAACAAGUUUGAUUUUUUGAGAGUUCUCAGCCUUCGGGACAAUCAAAUAAAAAUUGAAUCACCAAUGGAAACUUUUAAUGCUGUGCAGUAUAAUCUCCUGAAAUUGGAUUUGAGCGGUGACAAAAAUGCUGCAACGAAUCUUCAAGAAUUACGAAAUAUGACUAGAUUGAGGAAUAUGCGAUCAUUAUCUAUAUCCAAGAUGAACACCCAAUCUUUAACUCCUGAAGAAUUCGCAGAUUUCGGCACCGAACUGGAAGAUUUACAGAUUACACGAUCUGAACUACAGUCUGUCAAGUCGCAUACAUUUAAAUACAUACGAGGAGUUAAGCGAUUGGACUUGAGUGAAAAUAAUAUUGGAACGAUUGAGAAUGAUGCAUUUGCAGAAAUUGGACAUUCGUUGAUAUCUUUUAAAAUUUCACAUGGAUAUUCGGGAAAUGCCUUGCCUUCGGACGCUCUCAAACAUUUGACUUCACUACAAGAGCUUGACUUCAGCAAUAAUAAGAUUACGAGUAUGAGUGAUACAAGUUUUCAUUUUUUGAAGAAUCUACGACUUCUUGAACUGCAUGAUAAUCGAAUUGAACAAGUCACGAAGGGUACAUUCCAGGGUGACAUUCAUUCAAAAUUGGAGGAGAUUUCUUUCAAAUUCAAUAGUUUAAAAUCAAUUUCACAACACACUUUCUUUGAUCUUGAGGCCUUGGAGAAACUUCAUCUUGACGAUAAUAAGAUUGAGAAAAUUGAACGACGUGCUUUUAUGAAUUUGGACCGUUUGGAAAUUCUCAGCUUGAGAGGAAACAAAUUGAAUUCAUUGUCAGAGGAAUCGUUCCAAAAUCUACCAGAGUUGGAAAUACUCGACAUGGCCUAUAACUCCUUAACAACAUUCGCGUUCGAUUAUUUCGAUCAGGUUGGGACUCUAUCAUCCCUCAACGUAAAUGUUAGUCAUAAUAACAUCAAAAUUCUGAUGAUUAACAACAGUUGGACGGGUCGUGAUGGUGGCAUGGUUCAUUCAAACAUCAAAAUUCUGGAUCUAUCUCAUAAUAAUGUAUCGGUCAUUCAUCCUGGAUAUUUCAAACCUGUGGAAAUGUCCUUGACGCAUUUGCAUUUGGGAUAUAAUAAUUUAACAAAUGCAACAAGAGAUGUUUUUGGAAAUAUGCCACAACUGAACUGGGUGGAUAUUUCACACAAUUUCAUCCGAGAAGUCGAUUUUGAUGCAUUCAAAAAUACAAAGAAACUUCAGGUCUUAUAUCUACAAUAUAAUAGGAUGACCGAUAUGCCAAUGGAUAUCUUCAAACCUGUUCAAGAACUAAGAGUUGUGGAUCUUUCACACAACAGGCUGCGAUCACUGCCUGAUCAACUGUUUUAUAAUGGCGGGCUUGAGAAACUGGAUGUCUCCCACAAUCAGCUACUGAAAAUCCCGAUUUCAUCAAUGUCAAGCUUAGCAGCGCUCACCCUCUGUGAAUUGCAUCUAUCAAACAAUUUCAUCUCAACCAUCCACAGCAUGGAUCUAUCAAAUAAAUUUCGAUCACUCAAAUUCCUUGAUAUUUCCUACAACUACUUACUCCGCAUUGAUGAUGCUGUUUUCGCUACACUUCCAAGAAUUUCAGUCUUAGAUCUAUCACACAAUCGCGAUCUAAAAGUAAUGGAAAAGUCCUUUAUGGGCUUGGAAAAUUCCCUGAUCAAACUGGGUCUCGAGAAUGUUUCGUUGACAACAGUGCCUGAGCUUCCAUUGGCUCAGUUACGGGAGCUCCGAAUCGCUAAUAAUGAACUUCCAUCCAUCCCACCAGAAUUAUCUUUCAACAUGAGCAAUUUGCGGGUAUUGGACUUAUCGAAUAAUGAUCUAACCAAUGUCCCAAUCAUCACACAAGCAUUACCACGACUUAGGACUCUACGACUAUCAGGAAAUCCAAUUACAUCACUUAUUAACAGUACAUUCGAUGGUGUUUCAGAUUCUUUAGAAAAUUUGGACAUUUCACACUUCAGGCUCAAAUUCUUUGAAUAUGGAACAUUGGACAAUCUACCGAAUUUGAGAUCAUUAAAAAUCACCGCAUAUGCUCACAUCCCCAAUUUCAACAUCCCAAUGUUUGUUGAAAAUCAAUACAACCUAAGAGAACUAUGGGUCGAAGCUCCCAGACCAAUAGCGGGAUCCCAGAAUGAUCCAAGUGGAAAGCAACCCCCUACAUACAAACAAACUGACCUCAAAUCUGAAAUGAAAGGAAAAUUACCUGCAAAAUUGAAAAAUAUCACCAUCAGCGGACCAGGAUUUUCGUCACUAGCUGAGGAUAUAUUGAAGGGCAUGCGAUCACCGUACCUCUACAUCACCCUAUUCAACACAUCCUUACCCGGCUUCCCGACUAACUUCUUCAAAAAUAUGGGUCGCGUGCGAAAUAUUUCAAUUGAUAUUCGCUACAAUAAUCCUGAAAUGAAACAAAUUCCUAAUCCAAAUACUGGACGUGUUCCAUAUUUACCACAAAGUGUGUUCUUGACGGAUCUUAAGAUGUCUGGAUCAAAUAUGAAUUGUGACUGUAAUUUGGGAUGGGUUGAAUUCUGGCAACGUAAACGUCGACAGUAUAUAUGUUCUGCGCAAACAUGGACUGAUACCGUUUUUCGCACCUUCAUGAAUUCUCCAUGCCAAAUUUACGGAAAACAUGAUUGCGAUCAAACGGAUGAUGAUUUGCGUGAAACACGCUGUGCCAAUAAGAAUGCACAACAACUGAUGGAGAUCCUCAAAUCUGAUCUUGAAUGUGGAUGGGAUCGGGCUGGAAGUAGUGUUAAGAUAACUAUAACUGUUCUCAUAAUAUCUCUAUGUUUUGUACUUUGGAUAUGACUAUUGAAAUAUGUAUAUAAAGUUUCCAAAGAUUUUUAUAGCGUUAUGGAAGAUGUCUACGGUAAGCAGUGAAUUGAUUGACUAGAUACGAAAAAAACACAAGCAGGUCUACUGAAAUUUAAUACAAUUGGUUCUAGACUAUCGAAUUUAUAGAAAUUGGUUAUCUAAUUUGCUUUUCAUCUUAAUAAAAAAAUAUAGAAAAACAACAAAAA